AUGUCGAUCUUCGGCCCCCAUUUCUUUGUGUGCAUCGCACUAUUAGACCCACAGGAAGCCGAACACUCCUUAGCCCGACCGCCGAUUUCAAAGCUUUUAUAUCAAAACGAACCCAGCGUCUUCAAGAUCCCGGCUCUCACUGACCUACCAGAGACCAUGCUUUCACAUCCGACUGACUCCCUUCUGGUGUCUGUGCUGCUAUGUCUCCUCCCAGCAGUCCUUUUCUUUGUGUGGAGACUUGACCCCCAGCGGCGGGAUCUGCCGGUGAUCAACCCCCGGGACCCCUGGAGCUUAAGCACCGGCUCGGCCCGGUUGCGCUUCCUUUUGGGCGCGCCCGCGUUGAUCAAGCAAGGACUGUCAAAAGUGCUCACAGAUGAUGGUCCGCAAGUCGUGCUUGCCCCCGAGUUCACCAAGGAAAUCCGAAACCAUAACUCCCUCAGCCUGGGUGCUUUCAUGUACCAGCGAUUCCAUGCGAAGCUGAACGCGUUUCGUCCAUAUCAAGCAUUCUUCGAGAAGGAUGAGGCGUUCAUCAAGUUUAUUCGGAAGAAGCUAGUGCCUCAGGAAUGGCACCAGGUAGCGCUCAAAUCAAGCCUGGCAAUGGUUAUCGCCCGCGUUCUCGCUAAGACCUUCGUCGGGGAACCACUAUGCAACAAUGUGCGCUGGCUGCAGAUCAUGGCUCAAUACACUGUGGAUUCCGUGCAGGCCUCGGAGGCGCUCCGAAAGUGGCCUUCUGUACUGCGUCCCGUCAUGAUCCAUAUACUCCCGGUCUGUCGCAAUCUUAAAGCGGAAAUGAAGGAAGCGGAGAAUCUGAUUGGUGCGGUGCUGGAGGAACGGCGACUGGAGAAAGAAGCUGCUGCGCAGGCUGGCAAGACACCACAGCAACACAUGGAUGCGUUUGAAUGGAUGGAUCAGCACUAUAAAGAGAUGGGCCGGUCGUGUGACCCGGUUAUUGUUCAGCUGGCACUGGCAGUGACGGGGAUGCACACUACCACUGAUAUGCUUGCUCAACUACUUUACGAUCUCGGUGGCAAAGAUCAUUUGAUCAAAGAUCUUCGUGAAGAGGUUGUGACAGUGAUCCAGCGAGAAGGACUGACAGUCUCUAGUCUCAACAACAUGCGUCUGAUGGACAGCUGUCUGAAGGAAAGUCAACGACUGAAGCCCGUCCAAGCAGUUGCGCUGCAACGUAUUGCCUUGAAUUGCUUUGACUUGUCUGAUGGUACACAUGUUCCAAAAGACACUCCCAUCAUCCUGUCAGCUGGCAUGUGGGAUCCUGAAGUCUACACAUCUCCCUAUGAAUUUGAUGGGUACAGGUUCUUGAAAAUGCGACAAAACUCAGCUACCGAGACCGAGACUGCCGCGUUAGCGGUGACUCCAACAUCGGAUCAUAUUGGCUGGGGCCUGGGCAAACAUGCUUGUCCAGGCAGAUUCCUGGCGAUACAUGAGAUCAAGAUUGUACUUUGCCAUCUUCUCACACAAUAUGACUUUGAAAGUGCCGACAACAAACCGCCACAGACUAUUAUUAUGGGCACUGCUACACUCGCCGACCCAUUCGCGCUGUUCAAGGUCAAACGACGGGAUCAAAACAGCAGCGAUGUGCUGUCAAUUUAG